UAAGCAUCACACGAGGAUAUCAGGGCACUCGCUACGAGACAAGCCGCAGAAGACCAUUGAGAAUGCUUUGGACUGAGACAUUCAUCGCCGCCAUAACGCUCUAUGCGUAGAUGUAUUGAGAUUUGGCCCGGAUGCACCAAACUAUUAUCAGUGGCAGCUCCGUCCAGAGUACCCUGCCUUCCCACCAAGAUCCAUUUCAAAUUGGUCUCUUACCCAGAUCAAGGAGUGCGUGCAAUAACACUGUUGAAAGCGAGCACUCUAUGUUGUGGAUAUCAAGGGACAAAAAGCCGAGAACGUCUAAACAUCAUAAACAAACCAGAAGCGAACCAGCAUCCAGCUCGAAUAGAGAAGUCCAAAAUGCUAUGGCUGUAGACCGCCGGAAACAAUUUAUUGAGAAUACCGCCGAGCUAUCUAGAGAAAGCAUCCUUUGGGUGGAAGGAGGCAGCUUAAUCGUGGACAGAUUGAUGGCAGUUGAAACUACGGGGCUCUUGGUUUUCAGAUUCAAGUUAGCUUUACUGAUGAUGGGUCAGAAGGGCUGCCCGGCCGGAGACGACGGUUCCUUUCCCACGGCACAUUUCGCCAAUUCCCUGAGAAGAACUCUUUCUGGCAAUUGAUCAUUGAUCAGUUGAACUGCGCACUGGAGGCUCUAGCAAAGAAGACUUUAGUUCGUGAGCCUUUCGAUGGUGUGGGCUCGGAGAGAAGCGGUUCUAGUCCUGAACCUCGGCAAUGAAGCUAGUAAUGGAGGCUUUAGGCCUAUUGCCCAGGCAAGCCCCGUCUGAUCUGGUCCGGAUGACCUCGCUCUAUAGCUCAAAGACCGAGCCCCAGUGAUGGAAAGAAUUGACCCAGGAACUGAAGGGUUCA